AUGGGAGAGGCAGCCAUCUUAUCUUCAGCUCCCUUUGCAGAUGUGUGUGAGGCUUUAAAUGUGACAGUCUCGCCGGGACCAACAGUGCAAUACUCCGAGGGAGAUAAUGCUACCCUUUACUGCCACAUUUCUCAAAAGAGAAAGACAGACAAUUUGCUGGCUGUGCGGUGGGUCUUCGCUGCAUCACCUACCCAGGAGUAUCUGAUGAUCAAAAUGACAAAGUUUGGAUAUGUCCAGUAUUAUGGAAAUUAUACUCAUCAUUUCCACAAGCAAAGGCUUCACCUUCUUAAAGAGAAACAUGGAACUAUGUACAAAUUUCUUAUUCUAAGCCUCCAGCAAACAGAUCAAGGACAUUAUAUAUGCAAAGUCCAGGAAAUUGGCAAACACAGGAAUAAGUGGACAGCAUGGUCAAAUGGCACAGCAGCUACUGAAAUAAGAGUGAUUUCAUCAAAAUCUUCUGAUCAUCCCACUUUCAAGAAAAAACAUGAAGCUUGGAAGUUUUUUGAAGAUCUGUACGUGUAUGCAGUCUUUGUGUGUUCAGUAGGAAUCAUCAGCGUCCUCCUUUUUACACUUGUCAUUCUCUGCCAGUCACUCCUGAACAAGAGGAGAUCCACAGUGAAGCAUUACCUGGUGAAAUGCCCCCAGAACAGCUCUGGUGAAACAGUUACCAGUGUGACAAGCAUGUCACCUCUACAGCCCAAGAAGGUAAAGAAAAAGAAGGAGAAAGAGAAACUGGAGCAGCCACCAGCCAUCCCAGUAAAAGCUCCAAUAGCCAAUAAUUUUUCUAAGCCCAAGCUCUUGAAACCUCAAAGAAAAUUGAUCCUGCCAAAAAUCGCAGAGGAGAAUUUAACAUAUGCUGAACUUGAACUUAUGAAGCCAAUUCAGGAAGCCAAAGGCAUUCCCAGUACGACAGUCUAUGCACAGAUACUCUUUGAGGAGAACAAGCUGUAAUAGUUCAUGCCUGUAUAAAUGUCCUUUGUCUGUGUUCUAUUUAAUUCUUGCUGUGCUGUUUAUUUAUAAAAAUCAUAAAAAUGUC